AUGUUGCCCACGCGCGUCCUCUUUCAUGCCCGCCUCACCCUGUUUACUCGCGCGGGCUGUGGCCUGUGCGAUACAGCCAAAAAUAAUGUCAUGCAGCUGCGGAAACGCCGGCCGUUCGAGUAUGCCGAGAAGGACAUCAUGGACGACGCCAACCGGUCCUGGAAGGAUGCCUACGAAUUCGACGUGCCUGUUCUCCAUGUCCAGUCGGUGAUGAAUGGCCAGCCUGCCCAGGCCGACCUCUCCGACGCGAGGAAGCUUUUCCACCGAUUCACAGAGCAAGAGGUUGAACAACAAGUGGACGAGGCGGAAAAGGAAGUCGCGUGA